UCGAGUGGGCUGCAUGCACGCUCUCCGCCGCGCUCCCGAGUACAGCAGGUCCAGGCAGUGCUCGAUUUGCCAUUCGCGAUCCAUAUCCUCCCACGUGAAUACGAUUUGCGAUCCAAGCGGGAAUUAUCUUUGGAAAAUUUCGUGCCGCUUGGCUGUAGAUCGGGAAAUAGUUACCAAAGACCCAUCAGCCGCGUACCGAUUUCCAAUAAGAUCGUCGUGAAAUCUUUAGUGUUUUUCAAGUUUUCCUCGGGAUUUUUGAGAUAACAAGAGAGUACACUGUUUGUUUUUAAAAUAUAGAGAGUAGGGAAAAAAAAAACCAGGGGCCGGUCGAUAGAUCGGUAAGACUCGGCGGCGUGAAAAAUCGGCAACAGCCGAAUAUCAUUGGUUAAUAAGGUUUGUCUUCGCAGGGAUACACAGAUAAAUUGAGCGUGAGAAAAGGUGUACAUCGUCGGGUGAGAGGAUACCGGCUUACAUAUAUCCGUAAACACAUACACACACGUAUAUAUAUACACCUGGUGUACCUGUAAAAAUACCCGAGUUGUACUGUUUCCCGGGAGAGAGAAAUCUCGGGCUGGAAAUAUAAUAUGCGGCGGCGGGCUGGGCCGGUCCUGGCCUCGGCGGCGCUACUCUUGCUCGUUUUGCUCGAGCCGGGCCGCUGGUGUGCGGCCAAGCACCGGCGCGGUCAGGGCGGUGGACACAAACCCGAGGGCGACAUGACCCUCUGGAUCGACCGCCAGCAGAUUAAAAUGUUCAGUGGUAUGGAAAUGGAAAUCUACGCAAUCGACGAGGGCCGAGUGGUGCCGUACCUCCUGGAUCCCGAUUUUGAGAGCAAGUUGCCGGUCAUCCCCAACGAAAUGUCCUACGUGAACUUCACGUGGAAGUCGGGCGUCAAAAAGUAUUACUACGAUUUCUUCCUACUCAAGUCCUUUGACGAGUCCAUCCUCAAAACACCCUCCAUCACGAUAAAGAAGCAGGGCCGCGUGCCCAAGCGCCAAAAGGAAUUCAGCAUACUGUUGCCGUGCUCUGGAAACAUAUCGGGAAUAGCGCAGUUCGGGAUCGGUCUGCUGAUCGAGAGCCGCAAGAACAAGCCACUGAACGGGACGCCCUUGCGGCUCAGCCUGAGAAAAGAAUGCGCCAUGCGCGGUGAGUGCGUCAGUCGCGCCCACGACCACCAACUACUCUCCUGCACUCACACAUACAAACCUAAUCCGGGACCGUGCCCCGAUGGGUACUUGGGUCCGCCGCAUUGCAAAAAAGCACUGUGCUAUCCAAAAUGCUUGAACGAAGGAAACUGCACUGCCCCCGGUGUUUGCUCGUGCCCUCCAGGAUUUCAGGGGCCCUAUUGCGAAGGAGGUAUAUGCACUGAGAAGUGUUUGAAUGGAGGAAAAUGUGUGCAGAAAGACACAUGCGAAUGUCCAAAAGGAUUCUUUGGGUUGAGAUGUGAAUUUUCUAAAUGUGUGAUCCCUUGUUUGAAUGGAGGAAAGUGUAAGGGGAAUAAUAUAUGCAGAUGUCCAACUGGCUUCAAAGGGGAUCAUUGUGAAAUUGGGAGACGCUCACCACAACGUUCAGCGUGUACAAAACCUUGCAGAAACGGCACAUGCCAGCCAGACAACACAUGCCUUUGUGAACCGGGAUGGUUUGGAAGAUUGUGCAAUAAAAACAAACCAUGGGCUUGAGAGACUUAAUUGUAUUCUGUUGCGGUAUCAAAGUAUAUGAUUCAGUGAUUAUCUCUUGAUGUAAAAAAAAGCUGCAUUUAGCAGUUUCAGUCAUGAAAUUAUGUUCAGUAUUAUUUUGAAACUCGAAAAAAAAAAAAAAAUUAUCUGUUAGUGUUUGGUUAUAGCUUGUUACUGCAACAAAGAAAAGUUGUAAGAGUGGUUGAAUUGUGGAUUGUACCCCACCAGAGAUGUGAUAUGUAAAGCUGUUUUACACAUUUUUAUUAUUAUUACUAUUAAAUAUAUUACUAUUAUUCUUUAAUUUUGUUGGAUCAACCGUAGUGUUUGAUUAUAUACAAUCUAAAUAUUUUUUCAUGUAUGUACUAUUGACAUAAAAAAAAACGACUGUAAAUAGUUCGUGCAACAAAUUGUUUAUAAAUUUUGAAAUAGGGAUGUGUCACAAUGAUAAAAUGGAUCUCACAUGAUAAAAUUACAGAAUUUUUAGUUGAAUAAAAUACAUAUGUAUACUG